GAAGGGCACAGAAAUAAAUGCAACAGAGCCUCUCUCUCUCUCUCCCUCUCUCUCAUGAACAAGAUGGAUUCCUCACCUUCUCUGCUAACACUAAGGUGUUCAUCUUCUCGCAGAACUCGUUCACUGUCUCCCUCACCAUCAUCACUUUCGUCGCGGUCAUCAUCUUCUUCUUCUUCUUCUUCUCCUUUUCUUGGACCUUCAGCGUCCCCUGAACUUAGGCACGGAUCAGUAUCUCCAUUCCAGCCCCCCGCCCCUGUCGCCUCCUCCGGCGUUCCCUUCUCCUGGGAAAAGAUUCCAGGAAUCCCCAAGAACCACUUGUCCUGGAUGAUGGCGCGUUCUCCAUCCACCAGCCUCCUCCUUCCCUUACCUCCUGCUGCCGCCGCCACUGCUUCACCGUCCUCCAAGAAACACCGGCUUAGCAGGACAACCUCCGCCACAAGAAACAGCAAGAGAGACCCUUUUGUUUCGGCAUUCGUCAAGUGCUCCAAGGACGACACCCGAGAGAUGAUCCAGAAUCGCUGGGCUGUGGCCAAGGUUUCAAGGAGGAUAAGCGAUGGCCUGGGAUUUGUUAAUUUUGGAUCCUGCAAGCAAACCUGUGCGGUUUCAGACUCCGUAAUCUACAUCACGAGAUCAAACAGGACAUCUUCCAAUCUGUUUCGCCCCCGGAUUGGUCAAGCAUAAUCAUGCGGUCACGACAAUGAUCAGUAGUCAGUAGUAGUUCGUGCUUUAGUAAUUCUGGCUCUAGCUGUGUUUUAGUCAUGAUCCUUACUUCAAUGUUUCAGGGUUGUGUAUAUGGUGUGCUUCUAGUAGUCUGUCGUGUGAACCGAAAGGAAAGGGUAGUAGCGUCUGGUUUUUCUCAAGUCUUUCUAUCUUAGUGGAGUGGAGUCGUUGUCCUUGUCUCGAUGGGUGGAUUGAACUUCUCACAUGGGAACUUGCUGUGUUUCCAUGUGCUUAUCUCGAUUUGAAAAUGAUGCCCGCUACAUAUCCCACG